UCUCCUUUAUUGAACUUCAGUUCGUUCGUGUGCAACAAAACGUAUUUUUCAAUGGAAAAACAAACGAAUUAAUUACGAAAACUAAUGAAAAACGCAAAACAAAAACCAUGCUUGAUAUGUGCAUAAAAAUUUGAACACCAGCAGCAGCAGCAGCAGCGAAGUCAACAACAACAGCUAUGAACGUUAUGCGAAAGCUGCGCGGCGCGGCCAGCGCUAGCAGCGGCAGCGCAUCGAGCAGCAGCAGCAGCAGCAAUGCCAGCCCCAGUACCAGCGCUGCGAAUGGACGCACCGGCGAGGAAGCACUGCUAGAUGCACGCAUACAAAUGAGCCUGGCCACACUGAAAAAGCUCUUCAACGAGUACACGCAUCCCAAGGAGCCGCUCAGCGAAAACGAACGGGAUGGCAAACUCUAUGAGAUGCUCCCACUAUUUUGCAAGGUGUUUAGCAGCAGCCCUGCUAACGAUAUGAGCGAAAAAUUCUGGGACGUGGUUGCCUUCUGUCAGCAGGUGUCCCGCCUGAUGGUGAGCGAGAUACGUAAACGUGCAUCGAAUCAAAGCACAGAGGCUGCCUCCAUAGCGAUUGUCAAGUUUCUCGAGGUGGAAACAACGGAGGAUACCAGCAGCGGUUGGCUGCUGUUGGCCACACUGAAUCUCUUGGCCAAUGGCGAUGUCUCGCUCAUACAGGUGAUGACAGCUGCAUCGGUGCCCUCAACGUUAGUCAAGUGUUUGUAUUUGUUCUUUGACCUGCCCCAAGUGGAGGACGAUGAGCCGCCGGCUGAAGGUGCCAGUGCCAGUGAUUUUAAUGCCCAUGAGCGUCGCACAUUAUUGCAAAAGGUUUUUGUGCAGCUGCUCGUGAAACUGUGCUCCUAUCCAUAUCCAGCUGAGGAGCUGGCUCGCAUGGAUGAUCUAACGCUAUUGUUUUCCGCCAUCACCUCACCCUGCCCCAUGCAAAAUAUUGUGUGGCGCAAGAACGCAGCCGAAAUACUGACCACCAUCUCGAGGCACGGUUUAACCGAUGCCGUUGUUACCUAUAUACAUUCCAAGGGCUGCAUGGCGCUGUGCGUGGACAACAUGCAACGUUUGACGUUUGGCAAUCCGCUGGAAAUAGUCGAAAUGUUUGUCACCGUCUUUUGCUUCCUCAAGGAUUCUAGUCAAGUAUCCCAGAUACUAAUGGACGACUUUCGCGCCUCCCAGGGCUACGUGUUUCUCAGUGACUUUUUGCUCAAAUUCGACAAUGCGCGCAGUCAAACAUUGGAAAUCCAGGCAGCUAUACGCAACCUGGUAUUGAUGAUCUCAUCGCUAUGCAUGUGCGGCUUUUACGAGCUCCGUCCGCCGGCAGCGCAAUUCAAUACGGCCUUUAAGCUACAGAAUUUCCAGCUGCCGCAGGCCAGCUCACGGGAGACGUGCGUACGGAAUGUGUAUGCAUUCCAGGUGCUGCAAACGGUAUUUCUGAGAUCGACAACACCUGCACUGUGCUGCACGAUCUUAGACGCCAUUUCGCGUGUUUAUCACUCGGAGAAUGCCAAUUAUUUUAUACUCGAAUCGGAGCACACACUGAGCAGCUUUGCGGAACGCAUACACCAGAAGAGUCCACAAAUACAGGAGAAAUUCUAUGAUCUGCUUGAGUUUAUAGUCUUUCAGUUGAACUUUGUGCCCUGCAAGGAGCUGAUCAGCUUAUCGCUGCUGCUCAAGCACAAUCAAUCGACCUCCUGCAGCAUUCUGUGCCUGAAGACGCUGCUCAACAUUCUGCGCCACAACAGCGUCUUCAAGGAUGUCUAUCGCGAGGUGGGCAUACUGGAGAUCCUUGUCAGCUGCCUAAAUCGAUAUGCAGAUCAUGUGCGACGAAUUACCAACGGUGAUGAUUCGCUUGUCGUGCAGCCAGGCGCUGAGGAGCAGGAGGAUCUGCUGGACACACUAGGCAAACAUGUGCUGGAGGCACUCUCAAUGCUGCUGGGCGGCGGUGCCAGCAACAAUGCGCAACUAUUUCGCGAAUAUGGAGGUGCCAAGUGCGUACACGAGCUGGUCAAGUAUAAGCAUUGCCGUCCUCAGGCGCUAGGCAUCGUUCGGGAGCUGAUACUCUCCGCUGGUGGAGAUGAUGACAUGCUCUAUAUACUUUCAUUAAUGCACAGCAUUAGUCCACAUCAGGUGGAAUUUAAAAUCCAGAUACUAAACAUGCUGUUGGGCUGCCUCAAGGAUUCGCAUCGCACACGCACCGUGUUCCGCAAGGUGGGCGGCUUUGUCUAUCUGACCAGCGUGUUUGUCUCGCUGGAUGGCAGCAUGGCUCAGCCACAGCCGGACAUUGCCCAACAGGAUCUCAUUUUGCUGCUGCAGAUCGUCUGCCAGACGCUGGCCACUGCCAUGCGUUUCGAGCCCGCAAAUGCCAAGUUCUUUCAUCAGGAGAUCUGCAAUAGCUCGCUGUGCGACACGUUGCGUCUGCUUGGCUGCUUUGGCAGCGGCACAAUACUGCAGGACUUCACGGGCAGCUAUGAGCCACAACAAACGCUAUUAAAGUACUACCAUGACGUAUUCAGCGGCGACAUACUGAGCUUCAGCUUCGACGAGCACAUACCCAGCUCCUUGUCCUACAUCUGUGUGGUAUUUCGACUGCUCUACAGCAUCGCCUUGGACAACUUUGAGUCGCCAAAUUUGAGCGGAGUGAUAACGCUCUUCAGCGAGUCGGCGCCACAUACGCGCUCGCCCAGCAAGGAGUUAGCGCCACCAGUGCAUCCCAGUCAGUUAAAUUUAACACAGCCGGCACCCGAACCGCGCAUUGUGCAUCCCGGCGUAGUUAUAUGCAUGCUGAAGCUUUUGCCCGGCGUGCAGCACGAUGCGGCUCCUAUGCAGGCCAUACAGCUGCAAGUGUACCUCAGCGAGAUCAUCAAGUCGCUGGUGCGGAGCGAGCGCAACCAGCAGAUUAUGUGCGAUCAUGGGCUGGCCGAGCAGCUGCUAAGGCUGACACGUUGCGCUCUGGCCGAGGAGCUGCAUCCGUUGCAUGUGCCCAUGCAGUAUAUACUGGAACGUCUGGCGGCGCAGGCGCUGCAACCGACAGAACUGCGUCAAUUUCUGCGCCUCGGCGAGCCGCUGUGCUGCGCCGAUAUCGAUCUACAGCAGCCGUAUCGACAAGGUGGUCCGGUGCCGUUGACGCGCAUCAAGACGCUGGUUUCAAUGACAACGCCACGCGAUUUUCGUGCCCAUGGCUCCAGCACGCUGCCGCCUUUCGUGGAGCUGGACAUGUCCGCCGAGGGCUUUGGUUGCCUCUAUUUGCCAUCGCUGGCACCACAGGCCACAGCCACAGCGGGCGGGACAAUUGAUGCGAAUACGAUUGGCGGCAUCGGUGCCGGUGAUCGCAUAUUUCCACCGCAAACCGGGCUCAGUUAUUCCACAUGGUUUUGUGUGGAAAAGUUCUCCGAUCCGAAGAUAGAUCCGCAUUGUGUGCGUCUCCUAACGCUGGUGCGCACCAUUCACAAUCCACGCGAGGAAAAUUUGGCAUGUUUGUCCAUACUGCUCUCGGCUAAAGACAAGGCUAUUGUCGUUUCCACACAGGAGACGCUCGUAACGCCCAGAAAAAGCAUUGGCGACUGGGAACCGGAGGGUUCGGAUGAUGGCAUUGCUCGUAUCUGGUGUCCAGAUCUGUUGCACGAAGGUCAAUGGCACAAUCUGGUUGUGGUGCUUAAUCGUGCCGUGCUUAAGAAUUCGAGUCUCUCGCUCUACCUGGACGGUGUGCCCAUGCAUACGCAAAAGCUGCACUAUAUAGCCCAGCAUCCAGGCGCGGGCAGCGUCAAUCUGACAUCGGCUACACAAAUCUUUGGCUACAUUGGCACACCGCCCAUUUGGCGUCGUUAUUCGCGCCUGUGCUGGAAACAGGGCGUCUGCCAUCUGCUGGAGGAUGUGCUCACGCAGCAGACGGUGCAGACCAUCUAUCAGCUGGGACCACACUAUAUGGGCUCGCUGCAGGCGCCACAGCUGGGCAAGCAGGCGGAGCCACUGGCUCCGCUGGUGCCGGAAGACCGUGUGCUGCUCGGCCUGAACGCGAAGGCGGUGUCCAAGCUGACGCUCGUCAAGAUACGCAAAGUGUACAGUCGGGCGGAUAACAAGAGCAUUGCCAAGCAGCUAAAUAUGAAUUCCCAUGAGAAUGCCACGCCCAUCAAAAUCCUCCACAAUUCGGCGGGUCAUUUGGCUGGGGCGGGUCGCUCGCUGGGCGGCGUUGUUGUUGGCUAUUUGGGCGUGCGCGUCUUUAGUCCGCAUCCAGUUUCGGCCAUGAUUGACACCGUCGGCGGCUGCAAUGUGCUGCUGGGCAUCAUUGCCAUGGCCCAGGAUGUGGAGUCGCUGUACGCGGGCGUCAAGGCGCUGACCUGUGUGGUGCGCAGCAAUCGUGCUGCACAGGCGGAAAUGGAUCGGAAGCGUUGCUAUCAGACGCUGGGCAUGUUCUUUAAAAAGAAGAAACACUUGUUGAACUCGCACAUUCUGCACCUGACCUUUGGCCUGGUGGGCACUGUGAACAGCGGGCACGACAUGUCGGCCAUACCGAAUGUGACCGCGUUUCAGGAUCUGCUGUGCGAUCUGGAGAUUUGGCAUAAUGCACCAAAUGGACUGUUGCGUUCGCUGCUGGAGCACUUGCUGGAGCUGGUGGUGGAGUCCAAUGAGAAGAAGCAGAAUGUGAAGAUUAUGCGUGACCUGCAGCUGCUGGUCAAAUUGCUGCACAUCAUCACAAGCAUUCAGGACCAUUCGACGCGUGAGAUUCUUUUCAAUCUGCUCGAAACGCUGCUGGGCGGUCAGCCCAGGCACACGGAUCUGCUGCUCUUUGGCCAGUAUGUGGCCGCCAAAUUGCCGCGUCUACAGGACUCGCAUGUAGAGCGUGCUGUGCUGUUUCCCAGCAUGAAGCCGCCUGCUGAGGAUCAGGAUGGUGUCGCUCAGAACAUUUAUUUGCGCAAUCGCUGUCUCUCGCUAUUGCACGGCCUGCUCUUUACGCCGCGCAACACCGUCAACUAUGUCAUCUGCGAUGACAUUUCCAAGACGCUCGGCAUGGACUGGCUGCUGCUCUUCAUGCAGCCACAUGUUCACUUCACCACGGUCAUUAUAACGGUGCGCAUCCUGGUCGUGGUCUGCGCAAAUGAGAGUUUUCUAGUUCGUUUCCGGGAUGCCACACACAAUGGCGGCUAUUUGCGUUUCACCGAAAUGGUUUCACAGCGCAAAAUGCUCGGCCUGGGCGCCCAGCAGCUCAAUCAACGUCCCAGCAAUGGCACCGGCACUGUCAUCGUGGCCACGCCCCAAAAUACUAUACAGCAUUUGCCCACACAGAUUGCGGGCGAGGUGCGCACGGCGGCUUUAAAUAUACCUGGUUUCCAGUUGCUUGAGUGGCUGAUGCAACAUCAUUUGGACGUGCCGGAGCUGUAUUUCCUGGUGACCGCAUUGAUAAUGGGCCAGCCAGUCAAGGUGCUGGCCACCGAGCAUACGAAAUUCGAUUUGGAUCGCGUCUGGUCAUUCCUCUGGGGUGCCCCGGUCUCGGCCAAUACGCAGCUGCCCAAGCUGAACGUCUGCCCCGAGGGCGUCUGUGUGCUGCUGGCCAUGGUGCGUGCCAUUGUGCAUGGCGGCGAGUGCGCCGCCUGGCUGCAUAGUCAUCCGGAGACGAUCAUCCAGCUGCUGUUUAGCCUCUAUCAGAAUCUCAGCGAUUUUACGCCAGUCAUGAUGGCCGGGGAUGUGGUCACCUCGCUGGUUGCGGUGCUCUUUCCGCAGGUUUCACGUUCUGGCGACUCGGAGCCAAAUAGUGGCACCUCCACGCCCACCGACGGCACCGGCAGCAGCAGCUUUGUGCUGCCAGCGCCAGAAACUCUCCACGCGGCUGUGGACAAUCAGCCAAAGCUAACAGCGCAUCCGGUGCGCAAGUGCGUCAUAGACUUUUUACGCGUAAUCGUUGUGGAUUCCUUGGGAUUGAACAUGCAUGGCAAGAGCACACCUGUCAUUGAUCUUGUGCUGGAUGCUGCACCGGAAACAGCGGAACUGCCACUGCAGGUGCAAUACCAGACGCAGAUCAUCAUUGCCCUGAUGGAUCAUCUACUGGCCGCCGAUGUGCUGGUGGGUGAGCAGGCGGCGUUGCCUUUGGUUCCACUGCUCCAGAGCCACACACAGCACAUUGCGCCUAAUGUGUUCUACCUGACGGCGCGCAUAGUGGACAAGUUGUGGCAGGGCUGCCUCACGAGGAAUCCCCACGAUAUAUUUGACUUUAUCAUCAAGCUGAUUGGACAGGCCAAGCGCAGAGCCUCCUCAUUGUCGCUGGAACAACUCCAUCACUCACUAAAUCGAAGCAUUCUAUUUUUGCUCUCACGUCCCACCGACGACUCCAUAGCCGAACAGAUGAGCGUCCUGGAGGCGCUGCACAAAAUCAUUCAGCAUCGUUUGCUCAUCUUUGGCGCCGGCAAUCACGAACUGGAGUUCAUUGGCUGCCUCACCUAUUGCCUGAUGCAGCUGACCGCCGACAUGAAGAUCAUUUUGGAGCCGGCCACAAGCCGCAACACGACCUGGCAUGUGAAUCCACAGACGGAGACAGCAGAGCCCAAAGACGAGGAUCUCAAUCAGUUGCAGGGUCGCAAUCUAAUUGUGGGCGCCGCCUUUCGCGUCUGGGAGGAGCUGUAUGUGUGCAAGAAGCCCGCCAUUGAGGAAGUCUUUAAGAUAUCGCUCACCCCACCACCCGCCAGCUCGAAGGCGCCAGAUCUGCAGACCACGCGCGAACAGGUCAUGGAAUUGGCCUCCAAGCUCUGGUUCAAUUAUGUGGAUGCCGAACGCAAAGCGUCCUAUCGUGUGCCCUGGGAGCUGCACAAUCAAAUCCAAUCCAAGAUACAAAAGGUCACCGGCGGACUGACGCGUCUGGCCAGCCGCAGCAAGGUGAAGAAGGAUGAGCUGGUGCGCACCAAGUCGAAUAUGAGCCGGGAAUCGGCCUACGAGUGCACAGGGAUUCACGUGCAGCUGAUUAAAGAUCUGCUGGAGUUGCGCACCAAGCAAUAUCAGCAAAUGCUGCAGCACACACAGCGCUAUGUCUACCAGGAUUGGGUGCAAUCCGAAACGGAGCUAACGCGCGAACGCGGCCUGUGGGGUCCGGCGGGCUCUUGUUCACUGGACAAGUGGGUAAUGGACACAACGGAGGGACCCCACCGCAUGCGGAAAAAGACAAUGCGCAAUGAGCUAUUCUAUUUGCACUAUCCAUAUCGGCCUGAGCUGGAGCUAGCCGAUAAUCGGCAGCUCAAGUAUAAGGUGGCCUCCAGUUUGGAUAGCAAAAUCUACUUUCUGCAUGGCCAGCAACAGCCGCGCAUCUUGGCCGAAGCCGAGCAGCAUGCCAUGCAGCAGCAAUCCUCACUAGAGGCAGCACAUCCGCAUAGGCUGGAGGCAAGCAGCUCAAUAUCGACGCCACCGCCGCCUAUUUCGCCUAAAUUGCUAGCACAUGGUGCACCAUAUCCGCAGGAAUCGCUGGAUGGCAAUGCCCCGGAGGAUGAUGAAGAGGAAGAGGACACCUCAAUGACCAGCGACAAUGAAACGUUUUUGCGUUUACUCGAAGAACAGGAGAAGAUCAGCUUCAUGUUUCGCUGUGCACGCGUUCAGGGCCUCGACACCUUCGAGGGUCUGCUGCUGUUCGGCAAGGAGCAUUGCUAUAUUGUGGACGGCUUCACGCUGUUGAAGAACAGAGAGAUACGCGACAUUGACACACUACCACCGGGUGCCUAUGAGCCCAUCAUACCCAACUCGGGCGGUCAGACGUCGUCGACAUCGCGCGCCGUCAGCCACAAGCUGAGGCAGUGCUCCAAGUUCGCCUACGAGGAGAUACGCGAGGUGCACAAGCGUCGCUAUCUGCUGCAGCCCAUUGCAUUGGAGGUCUUCUCCGAGGAUGGCCGCAACUAUUUGCUCAGCUUUCCGCGCAAGGUGCGCAACAAGGUGAACCAACGAUUUUUGGCCUUGGCCACCGCUCUCAAUGACAAUGCCCAGCAAUCCGUGGCUGGACAGAAGCGCACGGCCAGCGUGGAGCAAACCUCGGGUCUGUUUAGCGGUUUGAUUGGUGAAACGUCGGUUACCCAGCGCUGGGUACGUGGCGAGAUCUCAAACUUUCAGUAUCUGAUGCAUUUGAAUACGCUCGCCGGACGCAGCUACAACGAUCUCAUGCAGUAUCCAGUAUUUCCCUGGAUACUGGCCGAUUACGAUUCGGAGGAGUUGGACUUUACGAAUCCCAAAACAUUCCGCGACUUCUCGCGUCCCAUGGGCGCACAGUCGGAUGAGCGCUUGGAGCAGUUCCAGAAGCGCUUCAAGGAAUGGGACGAUCCGCAUGGCGAAACCCCGCCCUAUCACUAUGGCACACAUUACAGCUCGGCCAUGAUUGUGUGCUCGUAUCUGGUGCGAUUGGAGCCCUUCGCGCAGCCAUUCCUCAAGCUGCAAGGCGGCCACUUCGAUUUGGCGGAUCGCAUGUUCCACAGCAUCAAGGAGGCCUGGCUAUCGGCCUCCAAGCUGAAUAUGGCUGAUGUUAAGGAGCUAAUACCCGAGUUCUUCUAUUUGCCCGAAUUCCUUAGCAACUUUAACAACUUUGAUCUGGGCACCAAGCAAAAUGGUGAAACCUUGAACCACGUCAUUUUACCACCAUGGGCCAAACAGGAUCCAAGGGAGUUUAUUCGGCUGCAUCGUAGUGCUUUGGAAUGCGAUUAUGUUAGCCAAAAUUUGCAUUUGUGGAUCGAUUUAAUCUUUGGAUGUAAACAGCAAGGACCGACCGCUGUGGAUGCCGUCAAUGUGUUCCAUCAUCUCUUCUAUGAGGGCAAUGUGGAUAUUUACAACAUUGAUGAUCCACUUAAAAAGAAUGCCACUAUUGGCUUUAUCAACAACUUUGGCCAAAUACCAAAACAGCUGUUCAGGAAGGCGCAUCCAGCCAAGAAAAUGGCCAACUCGCGACACUCGGCACUGAUCGAUCCCACGGCACUAAUACAGGGCAACAGCACAGUGCUGCAAACCGAUCGUCUGUUCUUCCACAAUCUGGACAAUCUGAAGCCCAGUCUACAGCCCAUCAAGGAGCUCAAAGGACCGGUGGGCCAAAUACUGCAACCCGACAAAACGGUAUUUGCUGUGGAGCAGAACAAGGUGAUGAUGCCGCCAUCGUAUACCAAAUACAUUGCCUGGGGCUUUGCCGAUCAUUCGCUGCGCGUGGGCCUCUACGAUACGGAUCGUGCUUCCUUUGUGUCCGAGGCGGCGGCCCAGAAUUCGGGCGAGAUACUGACCUGCGCCUGCCCCAAUGCCAAAAUGAUUGUCACAGCCGGCACCAGUUCAGUGGUGACCAUUUGGAAGUUCGAUGCAAAUCGGAAGAGUCUCAGCGUGAAGCAACAAUUGCACGGCCACACGGAUGCGGUGACAUGUCUGGCGGCCAGUGCUGCCUACAAUGUCAUUGUCUCCGGCUCGCGCGAUGGCACCGCAAUCGUCUGGGACAUGUCUCGAUUUAUAUUCGUGCGUCAAUUGCGCGGACACGCGGGCGUUGUGUCCGCUGUGGCCGUUAACGAGCUAACUGGCGAAAUUGCCACCUGCUCGGCCACCUGGCUGCACGUGUGGUCGAUCAAUGGCGAUGCCCUGGCUAUGGUCAACACGUGUGUGGGCAGCGCCGAUCGCAUGCAGCAAAUACUUUGUGUUGCCUUCUCACAAAUUCGCGAAUGGGACCAACAAAAUGUGGUCAUGACGGGCUCCACAGAUGGUGUUGUCCGGAUGUGGUCACUGGAGCACAUUCAAGUGCCCAUUGAUCGCAAGCUCAAGCGCGGCGUGGAAGUUAACUCGCAGGACAAACCCGACGCUGGCUCCGUAGAUGACUCCAACAACAAGUCGACCAAAAUGAACAUUUUCAAGCAGAUGAAGAGCCUCUCUCAGCCGGAACCGGAGAAUGAGAUUGUGAAAUCCGCCUCGGAGAGCAGCAUUUCAGAGGCCUCACAGCACAGCAAUGAGUCCAGCAAAUCUGCGGAAGCAGCAACUAUUAAAGUGGAACCCUCGACUGAGCGUAGAAAGAGCUCCAUAAGUGGGGCGAAAUCGUUGCAUGAAAUGAAAUCGGCCACGGUGGAGGGCCCCAGCAGCAGCUCCGAGCACAAAACGAACGAGGAGGAGCACACCAUUCGUCCUAGCAAAUCCGAUACCAGUUUAACGGACGGCUUCGUUCUGCUGGACAAUGACAGAUAUCGUGGCGAGCAGGCGCUUCGAAAAGGCUUUAAAUGGCAGCGUCAAUUAAUGUUCAGAUCAAAGCUAACCAUGCAUACGGCCUAUGAUCGCAAAGAUAAUGCCGAACCGGCUAGCAUAACAGCCCUGACGGUGUCCAAAGAUCAUAAAAUACUAUAUGUGGGUGAUACACGUGGUCGCAUUUUCUCAUGGAGCGUUACGGAGCAGCCGGGUCGUGGCGUAGCCGAUCAUUGGCUAAAGGAUGAAGUUGCCGAUCAGUGUGUCAAAUGUCAUGUGAAAUUUACACUGUAUGAACGGAAGCAUCAUUGCCGCAACUGUGGCCAGGUCUUUUGCAACAAGUGCAGUCGCUUCGAGUCGGAAAUAUCGCGUUUGCGCAUUCUGAAGCCCGUAAGGGUAUGCCAGGCCUGCUAUAGUCAGCUGCGCACGAAUUCCCUGGACAAUUAAUAACGAAUUGUAAUAACCGGAGUUUACUUUAUACCUUACACAAUACCGUAACUGUUAAAAGACGUUAGGGGCAUUCAUUUAAAUACUACUACUUAUUUAUUUAUAUUGUAUAAUUUUAUAUUAAUUUUUAAUAUCUUUAACCAAAAAAAAAAAAUACUAUGUGUUGCGCUAAAAACAACCAAAGGCUGUUAUUAUAUGAUUUUAAAUAUUUUUUAAUUAUACAAAAAAAAGUGUUGCAAUAUUAUUUGAUACCUAAUUUAUACUAUUUAUUAUACACCGAAUAAAACAAUAUAAAUAUUGCUUAUACGCCACAAUCAUUGACAAUUUGUAGUAAAGUAAUUAAAUUGUGUAAUUAUAUAAAUUAUAAACAUUUGUGUGAGUGUAGUAGCAUCUGAAUUUUUGUGCAUGUAUUAAAGCUGCUUAGCGAUGCGACAAGCGCACAAUAAAUAUUGUUAUUUAAAGAAACAUUAAUUAAAUAAUUGUAUAGGGAAUGUACGUAGUAUCAAAACACACACACACAGAACCCAAAUCAAUAAUUAGCUUACCAAAUAAUGCAAACAAGCACCGCCAGUUAUAUCAAUUACAAAAGUGAACUUUAAACAAUUUUCUAGUGAAUAUAUAACCAACCAAAUUUGGAGACAGCAUUUUACUGGGCAAACAGAACACCUAAUUAGCACACACAACACUCGAACCUCACACUAAAUAUUUGUACACAUAUACAACAAAAUAAAUGAAAUAAAUAAUGAAAAA